UUUUACCUACUGCUGAAUUGUGUCACAAAAUACUUCUUCUUUCAGAAAUUUUCAAGCAACAUAAAAAGUAAGUUUUUUUCAAGACGCUUCAAAUUAUCUUUCAUCUUGUUGCACUUGAAAAUGACAGUUUUACUAAUUCUUUUAUACGCGACUCACACCUUAUCGUAUGAACUUCAAUAUCGACGCGAUCAAUUCCAUAUUGACCCGCAAACAUGGUGAUGUAUCUUCGGUUAAAGUACUCGAAUGGCACGUCGAUGAUAUCACAGAAGUAGCUUGCAUUAACUGUACAACUCGAGUAUCUCGGUUAAUAAUUCAUUAUCGGAUACUUGGAGAAAAUAAUUCUGCUCCGAUACAAGAAAUUUGCUUCGUUAAAAUGCCCACUGAAGGAUUUUUGUACGAAUCGGCGAUAUCGAUGGAUCUGUACAAUAAAGAAAUUGUUAUGUACACGACGGUAUUGCCACAAAUGUACAGCAUCGAGAAAAAGUACAUGACACCUAGAUUGUGCUACUUUAACGAUAAAAUGACGCUGGCGCUAAAAGACUUAUCACAGUCUGGUUAUAAAUGUGCCGAUCGUAUACAAAAAUUAGAUAUUGAGCAUUGUAUCUAUGCCCUCCAAUGCCUGGCGAAAUUUCACGCUCUAUCCGUAAAACUCGAAAAAACAACUAGUCUUCCUGAUUCGGUUAAAUUUAAUCCGUACUGUAAUACCGGAGCCGACAAAACUUUAAAUAGUUUACUCGCAAAACAAAUACCUAUAUUUAUUGAUUCACUACCUCGAAAUCUUAAAGAAAUGUAUCCAAAUUUCAUUAGCCAUUUGAACACCUUGUCAGCAGAAAAGAUAAUUAAUGCCCUCAACGAUUCUUCGUCCUCCAAGUUCAAUGUUUUGAUUCACGGUGAUUUUUCCAUCAAUAACAUUAUGUUCAAAUACGACAAAUAUGGAUUGGUCAGAAAAGCUAAACUGAUUGAUUUUCAAUUCACUCGGUGGAGCAGUCCAGCCUCUGAUUUAUUGUAUUUCUUCAUCACCUGUAUGAAGUUUGAAGUAUAUCUGAGAUAUUUUCCUUUACUGAUGAACGUUUACUUUAAUGCCUUGAAUAAAGUUCUCCGCCAACUGGAUUGUCCGAAGUAUGAUAUGCGGAGUGUUUUAAAAGAAAUGGACACGUUGUAUCCUUAUGCUUUGUACGUAUUGUCUGGUAUUUUACCGUGUAUAAUAUGCGAUCCCAAUAUUGCUGCUGAUUCGAAAGGAUUUUUGGAAAAUGUGUACAAGCAAGAUCACUAUCGAGAAAUUUCUGUCAAGUGGUGUGAACAUCUCGCUAAAAAAGGAACUUUACGUAUUGACGAAGAGUACCAUUCAGAUUAGGAUAGAUGUUUGGUAAGAACAUGACAGGAAACAGUUAUAGAUAUGCAGUCGAUGAUUUGUUAUAAAUCAUAGAUCCAGAGAUACCUAGUACAACUGUUGAUGUCAAAAAAAAACAAAAUUAUUGCAAUCUGAAUUCCAAAUAUGAAUUAUAUAGGCCUACUUAAGUACGUUUAAGUGUGUAAUGUCACGUUAUACUUUACAAGAAAUACAAAAUUGCCAAAUGUG